AUGAUGCCAGCCCAAGGUUCCCUAACCUCCAGCCUGGCCCUCCUGGUGCUGCUGGGCACAGUCAGAGCAGGGCCUUUCUCUUCACGGUCCAAUGUGACACUCCCAGCCCCACGGCCUCCUCCCCAUCCAGGAGGCCGCACAGAACAGCCAGGAGGGGGAGGCCCUUCUUCUCAGCUUUAUGAGCACACCGUGGAAGGAGGGGAGAAGCAGGUGGUGUUCACCCACCGCAUUAACCUGCCGACUUCAGGUAGCUGUGGCUGUCCCCCAGGCACUGAGCCCCCCGUCCCUGCUUCAGAGGUGCAGGCCCUGAGGGUCCGGCUGGAGAUCCUGGAGGAGCUGGUGAAGGGGCUCAAGGAACAGUGCACUGGGGGAUGUUGUCCUGCUGCUGCCCAGGCUGGCACAGGCCAGACGGACGUGCGGAGCCUCUGCAGUCUCCAUGGCGUGUUUGACCUGAGCCGCUGUGCCUGCUCCUGCGAGCCAGGCUGGGGUGGGCCCACCUGCUCAGACCCCGCAGAUGCCGUGGCGGCCCCCUCCUCUCCCCCCUCAGCUUCCCGGUCCUGCCCAGAUGACUGCAAUGAUCAGGGUCGCUGCGUCCGUGGUCGCUGCGUGUGCUUCCCUGGCUACACGGGCCCCAGCUGUAGCUGGCCCUCCUGCCCGGGGGACUGCCACGGCCGCGGGCGCUGCGUUCAGGGCGUGUGCGUGUGCCGCGCGGGCUUCUCCGGGUCCGACUGCAGCCUGCGCUCCUGCCCUCGGGGCUGCAGCCAGAGGGGACGCUGCGAGAACGGGCGCUGCGUGUGCAACCCAGGCUACACUGGCGAGGACUGUGGGGUGAGGAGCUGCCCCCGAGGUUGCAGCCAGAAGGGGCGCUGCGAGGACGGGCGCUGCGUCUGUGACCCUGGCUACGCUGGCGAGGACUGCGGCUCUCGGAGCUGCCCGUGGGACUGUGGUGAAGGCGGGCGCUGUGUGGACGGCCGCUGCGUGUGCUGGCCCGGGUACGCGGGCGAGGACUGCAGCACGCGGACCUGCCCCCGCGACUGUCGGGGCCGAGGGCGCUGCGAGGAGGGCGAAUGCAUCUGCGACCCAGGCUACAGCGGGGACGAUUGCGGAGUGCGCAGCUGCCCGGGCGACUGCAACCAAAGGGGCCGCUGCGAGGACGGCCGCUGCGUGUGCUGGCCUGGGUACUCGGGGCCCGACUGCGGCGCCCGCGCUUGCCCGCGCGACUGUCGGGGCCACGGGCGCUGCGAGAACGGCGUGUGCGUGUGCAACGCGGGCUACAGCGGCGAGGACUGCGGCGUGCGCAGCUGUCCCGGGGACUGUCGCGGCCGGGGCCGUUGCGAGAGCGGCCGCUGCGUGUGUUGGCCCGGGUACACAGGCCGGGACUGCGGCACGCGCGCCUGCCCCGGCGACUGUCGCGGGCGCUGCGUGGACGGCCGCUGCGUGUGUAACCCGGGCUUCACAGGCGAGGACUGCGGGAGCCGACGGUGUCCCGGGGACUGCCGCGGUCGCGGCCGCUGCGAGGAUGGCGUGUGCUUGUGCGACGUGGGCUACGAGGGCGAAGACUGCGGCGCGCGGAGCUGCCCCAGGGGUUGCCAGGGUCGCGGCCAGUGUCUGGAGGGGCGAUGCGUGUGCGACGACGGCUACGAGGGUGAAGACUGCGGCGUGAGACGGUGCACGCGCGACUGCAGCCAGCGCGGCGUGUGCCAGGAUGGUGUGUGCGCCUGUUGGGAGGGCUACACGGGCGAGGACUGCAGCCUCCGUACCUGCCCCUCCAACUGUCACCGGCGCGGCCGCUGUGAGGAUGGGCGCUGCGUGUGCGACUCUGGCUACACUGGCCCCUACUGCGCCACCCGAACCUGCCCGGCGGACUGCCGGGGCCGUGGACGUUGUGUGCAGGGCAUGUGCGUGUGCCACGCGGGCUAUAGCGGCGAGGACUGCGGGCAGGAAGGGCCUCCCGCCAGCGCCUGCCCCGGGGGCUGCGGGCCUCGGGAACUGUGCCGCGCAGGCCAGUGUGUAUGCGUCGAGGGCUUCCGAGGCCCCGACUGCGCCAUCCAGACGUGCCCCGGGGACUGCCGCGGUCGGGGAGAGUGUCGUGAGGGCAGCUGCGUCUGCCAAGAUGGCUAUGCAGGGGAGGACUGCGGGGAAGAGGUGCCAGCCGUUGAGGGCCUGAGGAUGCACCUCCUGGAGGAGACGAUGGUUCGGACAGAGUGGACCCGGGCUCCUGGCAAUGUGGAUGCCUAUGAAAUUCAGUUCAUCCCCACGACAGAGGGGCCGAGCCCCCCAUUCACAGCACGGGUGCCCAGCUCUGCCUCAGCCUAUGACCAGAGAGGACUGGCCCCCGGUCAGGAGUACCAGGUCACUGUCCGUGCCCUUCGAGGGACUAGCUGGGGCCCUCCUGCCUCCAAGACCAUCACCACCAUGAUCGAUGGCCCCCAGGACCUCCGAGUGGUGGCUGUGACGCCAACCACGCUGGAGCUCAACUGGCUGCGCCCCCAGGCCGAGGUGGACCAGUUCGUGGUGUCCUACGUCAGUGCCGGCAACCAGAGGGUGCGGCUAGAAGUGCCCUCUGAGGCAGACGGGACGCUGCUGACCGGCCUCAUGCCAGGCGUAGAAUACGUGGUGACCGUCACUGCCGAGCGGGGCCGGGCAGUAAGCUACCCGGCUUCUGUCAGGGCCAACACAGGGUCCUCCCCCUCAGACCUCCUGGGGGCCACUGAUGAGCCUCUUCCCUCAGGCCCUUCAACGACUCAAGGGGCUCAGGCCCCUGUCCUGCAGCAGCGACCCCAGGAGCUGGCAGAGUUGAGGGUGCUGGGCAGAGACAAGACAGGGCACCUCUGCGUGGCCUGGACCGCCCAGCCUGACACCUUUGCCCACUUCCAGCUGCGCCUACGGGUGCCCGAAGGGCCUGGGGCACAUGAGGAACUACUGCCAGGGGAUGUCCGUCAGGCUCUGGUGCCCUCACCCCCUCCUGGAUCCCCCUAUGAGCUGUCACUUCGUGGGGUGCCCCCCGGGGGCGAGCCCUCUGCCCCUCUCAUCUACCAAGGCAUUAUGGACAGGGAUGGGGAGAAGGCUGGGCAGCCCUUGGCCCUGCCACGCCUGGGCAAGCUGACGGUGACGGACAUGACUUCCAACUCCCUGCUUCUGCACUGGACGGUCCCUGAGGGCGAGUUUGACUCCUUCGUGAUCCAAUACAAAGACAGGGACAGGCCCCAGGUGGUGCUUGUAGAGGGACCCCAGCGCUCAGCCCUCAUCUCCAACCUGGACGUCGGCCGCAAGUACAAAUUCGUCCUGUACGGACUCAUGGGCAAGAAGAGGCAUGGCCCCCUGGUGGCUGAAGCCAAGAUCUUGCCUCAGACGGAUCCCAGCUCAGUGACUCUACCCCGCCUGGGAAAGCUGUGGGUGACAGAUCCCACCCCAGAUUCGCUGCACCUCUCCUGGACUGUCCCUGAGGGCCAGUUUGACUCCUUCGUGGUCCAGUACAGGGACAGGGAUGGACGGCCCCAGGUGGUGCCCGUGGAAGCUCCCGAGCGCUCGGUCAUUGUCUCCCCACUGGACCCUGACCACAAGUACAGAUUCACUCUGUUUGGGAUUGCCGACAAGAAGCGGCACGGCCCCCUCACGGCCGAUGGCACCACUGCCCCAGAGAAGAGAGAGGAGCCCCGCCACCCAGAGUCCCCUGAGCAGCCCCUGCUGGGGGAGCUGACAGUGACUGGCAGUGCCCCAGACUCCCUGUGCCUGUCCUGGACGGUGGCCCAGGGCUCUUUUGACUCCUUCAUGGUCCAGUACAAGGAUGCGCAGGGGCGGGCCCAGGCAGUGCCCAUCAGGGGGCAUGAGAAUGAGGUCACCAUCCCCGGCCUGGAGUCCGACCGGAAGUAUAAGAUGAACCUCUACGGGCUUCAUGGCAGGCAGCGCGUGGGGCCUGUGUCCGUGGUGGCCACCACAGCCCCGCAGGAAGGCGUGGACGAGACCCCCAGCCCCACAGAGCCCAGCACAGAGGCACCAGAGCCCCCCGAGGAGCCCCUCCUGGGGGAGCUGACGGUGAUAGGAUCCUCCCCGGACUCGCUGAGCCUCUCCUGGACCGUCCCCCAGGGCCACUUCGACUCUUUCACCGUCCAGUACAGAGACAGGGAUGGGCAGCCCAAGGUGAUGCGGGUGCCAGGGCACCAGGACGGGGUCACCAUCUCGGGCCUGGAGCCAGACCACAAGUACAAGAUGAACCUGUACGGCUUCCAUGACAGCCAGCGCGUGGGCCCCGUCUCUGUCAUCGGGGUGACAACUGCAGAGGAAGACACCCCCGGCCCCACAGCACCCAGCACAGAGGCCUCGGAGGCCCCCGAGGAGCCCCUCCUGGGGGAGCUGACGGUGACAGGAUCCUCCCCGGACUCGCUGAGCCUCUCCUGGACCGUCCCCCAGGGCCACUUCGACUCCUUCACCAUCCAGUACAAGGGCAGGGACGGGCCCCAGGUGGUGCGUGUCGGGGGCGAGGAGAGUGAGGUGACCGCUGGGGGCCUGGAGCCCGGGCGCAAGUACAAGAUGCACCUGUACGGCCUGCACGGGGGGCGGCGUGUGGGCCCCGUGUCCACCGUGGGCGUGACCGCUCCACAACCAGAAGAGACUCCCGCAGCCACCGAGUCCCCCAGGGAGCCACGCCUCGGGGAGCUGACAGUGACAGAUGUGACCCCCAGCUCCGUGGGCCUUGCAUGGACAGUCCCUGAGGGCCAGUUUGACUCCUUCGUGGUCCAGUACAAGGACAGGGACGGGCAGCCCCAGGUGGUGCCUGUGGCUGCAGACCAGCGAGAGGCCACUGUCCUCGGCCUGGAGCCUGCAGGCAAAUACAAGAUGAACUUCUAUGGGCUACAUGGUGGGCAGCGCGUGGGCCCCCUCUCUGUGGUAGCCAUGACGGCUCCCCUCUCUCCAGCCCCAGGCACAGAGCCCCCCCUUGAGCCACAUCUGGGGGAGCUGACAGUGACGGACGUGACCCCGGACUCCGUGGGCCUCUCCUGGACAGUCCCCGAGGGUGAAUUCGACUCCUUCGUGGUCCAGUACAAGGACAGGGACAGGCAGCCCCAGGCGGUGCCUGUGGCUGCAGACCAGCGUGAGGUCACCAUCGCCGGCCUGGAGCCCAAUAGGAAAUACAAGUUCCUGCUCUUUGGGAUCCAGGACGGGAAACGCCACAGCCCAGUCUCUGUGGAGGCAAAGACAGUUGCUCGAGGUGACACCAGCCCAGGAGCCCCACCCCGCCUCGGGGAGCUGUGGGUGACAGACCCCACCUCAGACUCACUGCGCCUCUCCUGGACAGUCCCCGAGGGCCACUUUGACUCCUUUGUGGUCCAGUUCAAGGACAGGGACGGGCCACGGGUGGUGCCUGCAGAGGGCCACGAGCGCUCGGUCACCAUCGGCCCUCUGGACGCCAGCCGCAAGUACAGAUUCCUCCUCUACGGCCUCCGGGGCAAGAGGCGCCAUGGCCCCGUCACCGCCGAGGGCACCACAGAGACCCGGAGAGCUGUGGACGAGGCUGGAACAAAACCACGUCUGGGGGAGGAGCUGCAGGUGACCAGCGUGACAUCAGACACCGUGGGCCUCUCGUGGACGGUCCCUGAGGGCCAGUUUGACUCCUUUGUGGUCCAGUAUAAGGACAGAGAUGGGCAACCCCAGGUGGUGCCCCUGGAGGGCAGCCUCAGGGAGGUCAGUGUCUCAGGCCUGGACCCUGCCCGCAGGUACAAGCUGCUGCUCUACGGGCUGUAUGAGGGCAAGCGUGUGGGUCCCAUCUCCACCAUCGCCAUGACUGAACCAGCCCCCAGGGAAGAAGUCGAAGCUGAGACUGAGGCCCCCAGCCCUCCAGCAUCUGAGCCCCGUCUGGGGGAGGUGACUGUGGAGGAGGGCACCCCACACACCCUGCAUCUCUCCUGGACCGUGAUUGAGGGAGAAUUUGACUCCUUCGAGGUCCAGUACACAGACAAGGAGGGGCAACUCCAAGUAGUCCAUUUAGGGGGCAACCAGAAUGAGAUCACCCUCUCUGGCCUGGAAUCCGACCACAGAUACCUGGUGAGCCUGUACGGUCUCCACAAUGGGCAGCGUGUGGGUCCUGUGCACGUCAAGGCCCUGACAGCCCCAAAUGAGGAAGAGAAUGAACCUUCAGAAUCUCCCUCUACCACCCCUGAGCCUCACGUCACGCCUCGCCUGGGGGAGCUGGCAGUGACGGACGCCACCCCCGAAUCCCUGAACCUCUCCUGGACCAUCCCUGAGGGCCAGUUUGACCACUUCCUGAUCCAGUACAAGAAUGGGGAUGGACAGCCCAAGGCUGUGAGGGUGCCGGGGUACGAGGACGAGGUCACCAUCUCGGGCCUGGAGCCAGACCACAAGUACAAGAUGAACCUGUACGGCUUCCAUGACAGCCAGCGCGUGGGCCCCGUCUCUGUCAUCGGGGUGACAACUGCAGAGGAAGACACCCCCGGCCCCACAGCACCCAGCACAGAGGCCUCGGAGGCCCCCGAGGAGCCCCUCCUGGGGGAGCUGACGGUGACAGGAUCCUCCCCGGACUCGCUGAGCCUCUCCUGGACCGUCCCCCAGGGCCACUUCGACUCCUUCACCAUCCAGUACAAGGGCAGGGACGGGCCCCAGGUGGUGCGUGUCGGGGGCGAGGAGAGUGAGGUGACCGCUGGGGGCCUGGAGCCCGGGCGCAAGUACAAGAUGCACCUGUACGGCCUGCACGGGGGGCGGCGUGUGGGCCCCGUGUCCACCGUGGGCGUGACCGCCCCUAAAGAGGACCCCCCUGCCAGCCCCCCUUUGAAGCCACAGCUGGGAGAGCUGACUGUGACGGACACCACCCCCGACUCCCUGAGCCUUUUCUGGAACGUCCCCGAGGGCCAGUUUGACCACUUCCUGGUCCAGUACAAGAACGGGGACGGGCAGCCCAAGGCGGUGAGGGUGCCGGGGCACCAGAACGGGGUCACCAUCUCGGGCCUGGAGCCAGACCACAAGUACAAGAUGAACCUGUACGGCUUCCACGGCGGCCAGCGCGUGGGCCCUGUCUCCACUGUCGGUUUAACUGCCUCAGAAAAAGACCAAGAAAUGACCCCAGCCCCAACAGACCUGCCCACCACAGCCCCCGAGCCUCCCGUCAAGCCGCACCUGGGGGAGCUGGCAGUGACAGACGCCACCCCCGAAUCCCUGAGCCUCUCCUGGACCAUCCCCGAGGGCCAGUUUGACCACUUCCUGAUCCAGUACAAGAACGGGGACGGACAGCCCAAGGCAGUGAGGGUGCCAGGGCACCAGGACGGGGUCACCAUCUCGGGCCUGGAGCCAGGCCACAAGUACAAGAUGAACCUGUACGGCUUCCACGACAGCCAGCGCGUGGGCCCCGUCUCUGUCAUCGGGGUGACAAGUGAGUGGAUGGUGGAAGCCCCAGGACCCAAGGACAUCACCGGGGACCCUGCCUCACCCUCUCUGCGUCUCUCCUUCUCAGCUGCAGAGGAAGACACCCCCGGCCCCACAGCACCCAGCACAGAGGCCUCGGAGGCCCCCGAGGAGCCCCUCCUGGGGGAGCUGACGGUGACAGGAUCCUCCCCGGACUCGCUGAGCCUCUCCUGGACCGUCCCCCAGGGCCACUUCGACUCCUUCACCGUCCAGUACAAGGGCAGGGACGGGCCCCAGGUGGUGCGUGUCGGGGGCGAGGAGAGUGAGGUGACCGCUGGGGGCCUGGAGCCCGGGCGCAAGUACAAGAUGCACCUGUACGGCCUGCACGGGGGGCGGCGUGUGGGCCCCGUGUCCACCGUGGGCGUGACCGCCCUCCAGGAGGUUGUGGAGGAGACCCCCAGCCCCACAGCACCCAGCACAGAGGCCCCGGAGCCCCCCAGAGAGCCUCUCCUGGGGGAACUGACGGUGACAGGAUCCUCCCCGGACUCGCUGAGCCUCUCCUGGACUGUCCCUCAGGGCCACUUCGACUCCUUCACCGUCCAGUACAAGGAUAAGGAUGCGCGGCCCCAGGUGGUGCGUGUCGGGGGCGAAGAGAGUGAGGUGACCAUUGGGGGCCUGGAGCCCGGGCGCAAGUACAAGAUGCACCUGUAUGGCCUGCACGGGGGGCGGCGUGUGGGCCCCGUGUCCACCGUGGGCAUGACCGAUCCAGACUACAAAGCCAUGACCACCCAAGCCCCGUCCACUGCGGCGCCCGAGCCGCCCGUCAAGCCACACCUCGGGGAGCUGGCAGUGAAAGACGCCACCCCCGAAUCCCUGAGCCUCUCCUGGACCAUCCCCGAGGGCCAGUUUGACCACUUCCUGAUCCAGUACAAGAACGGGGACGGACAGCCCAAGGCAGUGAGGGUGCCAGGACACCAGGACGGGGUCACCAUCUCGGGCCUGGAGCCAGACCACAAGUACAAGAUGAACCUGUACGGUUUCCACGGCAGCCAGCGCGUGGGCCCCGUCUCUGUCAUCGGGGUGACAAGUGAGUGGAUGGUGGAAGCCCCAGGGUGGGACCUCGUGGGAGGAUCACCCUCUCUCAGGUGAUGGGAAGACACCCCCGGCCCCACAGCACCCAGCACAGAGGCCUCGGAGGCCCCCGAGGAGCCCCUCCUGGGGGAGCUGACGGUGACAGGAUCCUCCCCGGACUCGCUGAGCCUCUCCUGGACCGUCCCCCAGGGCCACUUCGACUCCUUCACCAUCCAGUACAAGGGCAGGGACGGGCCCCAGGUGGUGCGUGUCGGGGGCGAGGAGAGUGAGGUGACCGCUGGGGGCCUGGAGCCCGGGCGCAAGUACAAGAUGCACCUGUACGGCCUGCACGGGGGGCGGCGUGUGGGCCCCGUGUCCACCGUGGGCGUGACCGCCUCCCUGAAUACAGAGCCCCCCGUGGCACCCCGCCUGGGGGAGCUGGCUGUGGCAGCCGUGACCUCAGACACAGUGCACCUCUCCUGGACAGUGGACCAGGGCCCCUUCGACUCCUUCCUGGUCCGAUACAAGGAUGUGCAGGGGCAGCCCCAGGCAGUGCCCGUGGGUGGACACCUCCGAGAGGUCUCGGUUUUGGGUCUGGCCCCGGGCCACAAGUACAAGUUCCUACUCUUCGGACUCCAGGAUGAGAAACAACACGGUCCAGUCUCUGCAGACGCAAAGACCCUCCCAGACACUAAACCUUCUCUCCGCCUGGGGGAGCUGACAGUGACGGACGGGACCCCAGACUCCGUGGGCCUCUCCUGGACGGUCCCCGAGGGCGAAUUUGACUCCUUCGUGGUCCAGUACAAAGACAGGGACGGGCAGCCCCACGUGGUGCCUGUGGCCUCAGACCAGCGCGAGAUCACCAUCCCCGGCCUGGAGCCCAAUAGCAAAUACAAGUUUCUGCUCUAUGGGCUGCUGGCAGGCAGGAAACGACUGGGCCCCAUCUCUGCUGAAGGCAGCACGGCACUCCCUGCGGCUGCCCUGAAGAAGGGGCAGCAGCGCCCACCCCGCCUGGGGCAGCUGACAGCCACAGGCGAGACCCCGGAGUCGCUGCGCCUCUCGUGGACAGUGGCCCAGGGCCCCUUUGACUCCUUCGUGGUCCAGUACAGGGACACAGAUGGGCAGCCCUCGGUGGUGCCUGUGGCCGCAGACCAGAGGGAGGUCACCAUAGAGGGCCUGGAGCCUGGCAGGAAAUACAAGUUUCUGCUCUAUGGGCUCCUCAGAGGACAGCACCUGGGCCCCGUCUCUGUCCUGGGAAUGACAGCCCCAGAAGAGGACAUGCCAGCACCCUCGCACAUGGCCACGGAGGCCCCCGAGCCCUCUGAAGGGCCCCGCCUAGGGGCGCUGGCAGUGAAGGACGUGUCCCCGGACUCCCUGCGCCUCUCAUGGAGCGUGGCCCAGGGCCCCUUUGACUCCUUCGUGGUCCAGUAUCAGAGCACAGGUGGGGAACCCCAGGCCUUGCUCGUGGGUGGCGACCAGAACAAGGUCCUCGUGUCAGACCUGGAGCCCAGCACCUCCUACAAGUUCCUCCUCUAUGGCUUGCGUGAAGGGAAGCGCCUGGGGCCCGUCUCAGCCGAGGGCACCACAGGGCCAGCUCCUGCUGGGCAGACCCCCGGAGAGCCAGGGCCCCGCCUGUCCCACCUGUCGGUGACUGAUGUCACCACCAAUUCGCUGCGGCUCAGCUGGGAGGCCCCACCCGAGGCCUUUGACUCCUUCCUGCUCCGAUUUGGGGUCCCGUCACUGAGCACCCUGGAGCUGCAUCCACGUUCCUCGCUGCAGCGGGAGCUGAUGAUGCCAGGGACACGGCGCUCGGCCGUGCUCUGGGACCUGAGUCCAGGGACCCUGUACACCCUUACGUUGUAUGGGCUGCGCGGGCCUCACAAGGCCGACGGCAUCCAGGGCACAGCCCGGACCCUCAGCCCAGCUCUGGAGCGCCCCCGUGACCUCCAGUUCAGCGAGAUCGGGGAGACGUCAGCCAAGGUCAGCUGGAUGCCCCCGCCGUCCAGAGUGGACAGCUUCAAAGUUUCCUACCAGCUGGCAGAUGGAGGGGAGCCACAGAGUGUUCAGGUGGAUGGCCGAGCCCGGACCCAGAAACUCGAGGGGCUCGUCCCAGGCACUCACUACGACGUGACCGUGGUCUCCGUCCGUGGCUUUGAGGAGAGUGAGCCUCUCACAGGCUUCCUUACCACAGUUCCUGACGGCCCCACCCAGCUGCGUGCACUGAACUUGACGGAAGGAUCCGCCCUGCUGCUUUGGCAGCCCCCCCAGGCCCCGGUGGAUACCUAUGACAUCAAGGUCACAGCCCCAGGAGCCCCCUCGCUGCAGGACUCAGCCCCUGGCAGCGCCGUGGACUACCCCCUGCAAGGCCUUGUGCUCCACACCAACUACACGGCGACCCUGCAUGGCCUUCGGGGCCCCAACCUCACCUCCCCGGCCAGCAUCACCUUCACCACAGGGUUGGAGGCCCCCCAGGACUUGGAGGCCAAGGAGGUGACCCCCCGCACAGCCCUGCUCACUUGGACCGCGCCCCAAGUCCCCCCAACUGGCUACCUGCUCAGCUUCAACACCCUUGGUGGACAGACCCAGGAGAUCCUGCUCCCAGGAGGGGUCACCUCUCACCAGCUUCACGGCCUCUUUUCCACCCUCUAUAGCGCGUGGCUCCGGGCCAUGUGGGACCACAGCUUCACUCCCCCCGUGUCCACUUCCUUCACCACUGGUGGACUUCGGAUCCCCUUCCCCCGGGACUGUGGGGAGGAGGUGCAGAACGGGGUCAGCACCUCAAGGACCACCACCAUCUUCCUCAACGGCAACCGCGAGCGGCCCCUGAACGUCUUUUGUGACAUGGAGACCGAUGGGGGUGGCUGGCUGGUGUUCCAGCGCCGCAUGGAUGGAAAAACUGACUUCUGGAGAGACUGGGAGGACUACGCCCAUGGCUUUGGGAACAUCUCCAAGGAGUUCUGGCUGGGCAACGAGGCCCUGCACAGCCUGACCAAAGCCGGCGACUACUCCUUGCGUGUGGACCUGCGGGAUGGGGACGAGGCCGUGUUUGCCCAGUACGACUCCUUCCGAGUAGACUCGGCCGAUGAGUACUACCGCCUCCACCUGGAAGGCUACCACGGCACUGCAGGGGACUCCAUGAGCUACCACAGCGGCAGUGUCUUCUCUGCCCGUGACCGAGACCCCAACAACUUGCUCAUCUCCUGCGCCGUCUCUUACCGAGGGGCCUGGUGGUAUAAGAACUGCCACUAUGCCAACCUCAACGGGCUCUACGGGAGCACAGUGGACCACCAGGGAGUGAGCUGGUACUACUGGAGGGGCUUUGACUUCUCCGUGCCCUUCACGGAAAUGAAGCUGAGACCAAGAAGCUACCGGCCCCCGGGCAGGGGAGGCUGA